AUGGCAAAAAACACAUUGGUGUUUGGUGAACCGUUUGAGAUGAACGAUUUCACCAUAGAUAUAGACCCGAAGGGAAUUAUCUGGUCCAACGUACAGCGUGGGCCAAGCUGGAAACUGGUCUUCUCAACUAAUAUGGCCAAUAUUCUCGGUGUGGCCAUCACUGUUGGAUGGGUAGUGCCUGUUUCCUUUGUUGGCCUGGUGAUUCAAUUGCCCUAUUUGACCACCCUCAUUCCAUACGCGAGAUGGCUGAACGCUUUGCCCAAGAUUGUGAAGGAAGUGAUAGCUGGUAUCCUUCCAACAAUUGCUUUGACCUGCUUGACUGAGAUUGCUCAAGCCAUGUUCAGAAAGCUUUCGUUGAUGAGAGGAGUGCUGACUAUGGCAGAGCUGGAGCUAGAUCUCCAAAGAUGGUAUUUUUCCUUCCUGUUUGUCCAGGUUUUCCUGGUGGUUACCAUUUCUUCAGGCAUAAUGGUGAUAGUGGAAGUGGCUCUUUACAAUCCCACGUCACUUGCAACAAUCGUUGCUAGAGACUUGCCCAAAGCCUCCAGUUUUUUCUACUCAUUUUUCCUGUUAAGAGGCUUCACGAUAUGCGGCAACGUUUUGCUAAGACUCACGGAGUUGCUGAAAUUUUUGUUUCACCGUCGUUUUGUGGACUCCUCAGAGGUUAAUCAGAAGAUGAGAAUGGCAGCAAAUGCACCCAGAUUCAGAUUGGGAAUGCUCUAUCCCACGGUCUCGUUAUUCGGCACUAUAGCCUUGGUGUAUGCAAUACUUGCACCUCUUAUACUAGUGGGCACCACCAUCUCUCUCAUGCUGAUAUUCAUAGGGUACAAGUAUUGCUUCAAAAACGUGUUUUACCGAGAAAACCACUCCGAGACUUACGGGAAACUUUACACUGUCGCGUUGCUCCAGCUGUACUCGGGCAUCUACUGUUUGGAGAUAUGCCUCAUCGGCUUCUUUGGUAUAGUCAAGGACGACUCCGGCAUACCGUGUUUUAACCUUAGUAUGGGCAUGAUCCUCGUGUUUGUGGCCACCAUCAUCACUCACACUAGUAUCCUGCGAAAAUUUUCAGUGCCUAUGGCGGUAUUACCCCUUUCCCUGGACAACGGUCUGGAACGCGACCAAAACCGCGUCUCAACCGCAACAAGGCUUGGAUAUCUGCCUGCAAGUUUUGGUAUGUGCGCGGACCAAUCACCGAAAAUGUGA